AGAUAAAUAAAUAUAAUAAAGAAUGAAGCUAUUUUUAUUUAAUCUUAAUAUGUAUACUUAAUAAGUUAUCUGGGUUUUGAACCAUGGCAAUUAUUUUUGCUAAUAAUUUUUUAAAUAAUCAUUUUCAAUGGGGUAAAUAUUACCACAUUUUUGUGAGGCAAUCAGGUUGGACCCAUAAUUGAUUUCUAUUUAUGAUAAAUGAUUCUUUGAGGUAAGUGUAAAUUAUAUACAAAAUUAUAAGUGAGAGGUGAAAACCAUUGUGUGAUAAAAAAUUUGUUAAAAGAAUUGAUAAAUUUUUUAUUUCAUUAUUAGAUAAAUUUUAUAUAACAUCAAAUUUUCCAUAAUAUAUUUGGCCUUUUUUCUAAAUAUUUAUAGAAAUCUUGGGAGAAUGAACAGAUAAUCUAUUCCUCUCAUUUGAUUAUUGAUUUAAGAAAAGAUUUCAAUUAAAUGAAUUGACAAAGUGAUUCCAUAUACUGAAAUAUUGUUUAUUUUUGUUAACAAUAAAUUAAAUUUUUGGAUAUGGCUUGGGAAUAAUCUUUGAAACCUAUGAUGUGGUUUGGGUUUGGAUUUCCAUUAAACAUGAACUGGGCCUGAAAAUUAUUUUUACUUAUGACCUAGGCUGGAUGAAGAAAUCAAUGCCAGUGAAGGUCUCUAAUUUCAAUGAUUAAAAUAUAUCAUUUCUCAGACUUUAUUUGAAGAUAAAUGAAUGGGCAAAUCACAAAUAUGCCUGUUUUCAAUUAUUUGCAAAAUUUAUUAGGAUUGUUAAUUUAAAGAAACUAUGAUUUCAAAGCAUCAUACAUUUCUAAAAAUUGUUGGACACUAAGAAAUAAAGAAAUCAAUUGUGAAGUGUAUAAUGGAGGAAAUAUUGAUCCAUGAUUGUUUUGGCAUAAAUAACAAAAAAUAUUAUAUUUUUUGUGACCAUGCAUUAAGCUUACAUAUAAUAUAAUAGGAAUCUUUUAAGAAAACAUUAUCAAAAAUAUAAGUUAAUAGCUGAUAGUCCAUUAUGAAUGACUGGUAAUCAGAAUUUUCUUCUUUAUUCAAUGAUGGGUGCAUAAUAAAUUUCCUUUAUAUGAUGAUGAUUGAAUCAGUAAAUUUUUCAUUAUUUUUAUAAAAUAUGUUAAUAGAGUGUAUAUUUAUGAAUUUUAAUUUAAAAACAAUAAGGGUCUAGAAUAUAUUUUUUUGAUUAUAAAUUACAAAUACAAAUGAAUAAGAAUUUAUUUUAAAAGAUUUUAAUAUAUUUUUUAGAUUAAAAAUAUAAUACAAAUGAAUAAAAAUUUAUUGUGCACAUAUAUUAAAAUAUCUAAAUAUAUAUUUCUUUAAUAUAUUUUGUAAAACCACUGGAAAAUUUUAAAAUUACACCCUCAUUUAAACAAAUAUAAAUUUAAUUUCUGAAUCACACCUCAUAAGAUAGGAGAAUUUUAAGAUUCAGCCAUCCACCGUCAAAUAAAGGAUAAAAUUAUGAUUCUCCAUCAUUCUUGAUGGCCAUCAGUGAAUGCCAAGUAACAAAACAAUAUAUAAAGUCAAAUGUGACUAUAUUAAUUGUAAAACUUCUAAAAUAAGAAGUGACAAAAUAAAUAACCAUUAUAAACAUAAACAUCCUCAUGUCAAGUUAUCUGAUAUCAAAUUUACAAAGAUAGCUAUCAAAAAGGAUAAUAAUUGGGUAUCCUUAAAUAAAGAUAUUCCAUUCAAUAUCACAAAUGGGGUUGAAACCAAGUUACAAAAAAAAUCAAUAACAUCUUACUUCCAAAAACACAAAUCUUUUAUUGAAGAUUCCCAAAUUAUAUUAUCUCAUACAAUGCCCAGUUCCAGUGAUCUGCUGAUUUUGAAUAAUGAGCUCAAAUCUUUUACUGAAGAUUCCCAAAUUAUAUUAUCUCAUACAAUGCCCAGUUCCAGUGAUCUGGUGAUUUUGAAUGAUGAGCAUGAAUCUUUUAUUGAAGAUUCCCAAAUUAUAUUAUCUUCUCAUACAAUGCCCAGUUCCAGUGAUCUGCUGAUUUUGAAUAAUGAGCACAAAUCUUUUACUGAAGAUUCCCAAAUUAUAUUAUCUCAUACAAUGCCCAGUUCCAGUGAUCUGGUGAUUUUGAAUGAUGAGCAUGAAUCUUUUAUUGAAGAUUCCCAAAUUAUAUUAUCUUCUCAUACAAUGCCCAGUUCCAGUGAUCUGCUGAUUUUGAAUAAUGAGCACAAAUCUUUUACUGAAGAUUCCCAAAUUAUAUUAUCUUCUCAUACAAUGCCCAGUUCCAGUGAUCUGCUGAUUUUGAAUGAUGAGCAAACACACAAAGUUAUUGAAAAUUCCCCAAUUAUAUCUUUUUUUCAUCCAAUUAUCAAUCCCAAUGCAAGCCAAAAUAUUUCAAACAUUAAAGGCCCAAAUAUUAUUCAAUUAUAUAAAAAAAAGGAGCCUAAUGACCCUUUUCAUUUCAUAUUCUUUAGAAUGACAAAUAUCUUGAUUAAUUUCAUAAUUUCCAUAGGCCCAUGUCAGCCAUGUUCAAAUAUAUUUCAAUAUCCUGUUACUCACAAAAGGAGCAUGAAUAUAUCCUAUUAUAAAAAGGUUAAUAUUGAUGGUUCCCUCAAACCAAGAAAUUGGUUAUCCUAUAGCACCACUUUAGACAAAGUCUUUUGUCUUUAUUGUCUUAUGUUUGGUGGCCCUAAAUCCAAUACUUUUUGGACUCAACUUGGAGUAAAUAAUUGGAAAAAUUUUAAGCGUGACUUAGAGAGACAUGAGUCAUCUUCUAUUCAUAAGGAUUGUGAAUACACCAACAUGACUUGGCUUGCAAAUAAGCGUAUUCAAGAUCAUUUUCUAUCAAAUAGGCUUGAUAUAAUAAUGGAAAAUCGUAAUAUAGUUCAUAAUAUUAUUGAUGCCAUUAUAUACCUUAUAAAAUGUAACAUAGCCUUUUGGGGCACUAAUUCGAAUGAAGGUAAUUUUAUGUGCCUCAUAAAAUUAAUGGCAAAAACGGUUCCAACUUUACGGGCAUACAUUGAUAACAACGAAAAAUUGAGGAGAAAAAAAUCAGAUAAAAUUUCAAGACCUUAUAUAAAUUUAUUGUCAUAUGGCCAUGUGAAAAAAAUUAUUGAAGUCAUUAAGAUAAAAAUAAUAAAAUGUAUUAUUCAAAAAAUUAAAGAGAAUUGUGCCUAUAGCAUCAUAUUAGAUGGAACAUAUGAUGUGUCUAAAAAAGAAUGCAUUGCUUUACUUGUAAGAUAUAUAGAAGAUGAUCCGCAUCCACAUCCUGUAGAAAGGAUCAUCCAUGUUUUUACAACAUCAGAAACCACCGGGGAAAAUAUAAAGAAACAUGUUUUUUCUAAGUUCAAAGAUCUUGGUCUUCCUCUUGAUUAUAUGGUUGGGCAAAGUAUGGAUGGUGCAGGGAAUAUGAGAGGAGUAUACAAAGGAAUGCAGGCUUUAAUAUUGAAAGAGGCUCCAAAAGCCAUAUAUAUUUGGUGCCAUGCACAUAGGCUCAAUUUAGUAGUUGCUCAUGUUUGUGGAUGCAAAAUAGAAAUGAAAAAGGUAAUGGGAAUAUUGGAUGAGUUAUAUAAUUUCAUGAAUGGGGUAAGACGUCAAGGAGUGUUUGUUAAAUAUCAAAUGACAAAGUCUAAAAAAUCUCUUAAAAGAAUAAAAAAUACAACAAGAAAUUGGUCAUCAUCUUAUAAAGCUGUAGAAAUUUUUUUAGAUGUUUAUGAACAUAUUAUAGCAUCAUUAAAUGAAUUAAAAGAUUCUAAUGACCCAAGCACCUCUUCUAUUGCCGAUGGAUUAUUAACAAGAAUUAAGGAUGAAGAUUUCAUAUUAAGUCUAUUUAUUUUGAAAGAAAUAUUGAAAUGCACACAUGAGGCUUGUAUUGAAAUGCAGGCAGUUGGUAAUGAUUUGGCUAUGGUAACUAAAUUAAUACAACACACAAAAAAUAAAUUACAAAGACUAAGAGCUAAUGGGGAUAAUAUUUUUUUAAAAUUGCAUUCCUUAUCUAACAGUUAUUUGAAAAAGAAUAAUGUUACAACGGAAUUGCAUAAUAUAAAAUCAAUAUUCAAAUUUGAUCAAACAGCAUUCAAUAAUUAUGUUAAACAAAAAAAAAACAAAUAUAAAAGGGAAAUAUUUUUCCCUGUGCUUGAUACAAUCAUUAAUGUUUUAAAUGAAAGAUUUAAUUAUGAUUGUUUAAAUUUUUUAUCUCAAAUAUCUCUUUUUACACCAGCUGGAAUUAUAGCCAAUGAUAGAAUAGAAGGGUGGCAAAUAUCUCAAAUUUGUCAUACUUACCAAUUAAAUGCUCAAGAUAUUGCUCGUGAAUAUAAUGAUUUUCGAUCUUUAUAUUUGGAUUCACAAGCAAUCAUUUAUUGCAAGGAUCUUUUGAAAAUAAAAAAGAAUGAUGGGUUAUAUAUUGAUGAAAGUAUUGUAAACGAUGAAACCGAGGAAGAUAUCAAUAACGAUAACAUAAUUAAUACAAAAAAAUGGAUAAAAUAUUCAUUUAUACUACCAUAUCGUCUUUUAAAUAAAUUAAAUUCUUAUUCUAAUUUAUAUUUAUUAUAUAAAUAUUUAUUGACUCUACCAACUACUUCUUGUUCAGCCGAAAGAGUGAUGAGCAAAGUCAAAAUAAAUAAAACUAGAAUGCGGAAUAAAAUUUCUGACCCCUUUUUAGAAAAUUUACUUCUAAUAUCCAGCGAAAUUGAUGUUUUUGAAAGAUUUAAAAUAGACGACAUUAUAACGCGAUUUGCAUCUACGUCUAAAAGAUUAACUAAAUUAUUAAUAAAAUAAGUUAUAUCUUUUUCACAGCUAAUUAUAUACGCCUUUUUAAUAAUGUAAAUUUAAUUUAAUAGUUUUUUAUAUCAUUCUAGUCCGGUGCAUAAUAUAAUACUAUAUUCAUUUUAUUUAAAUAUUUUAUAAUAGUUAUAUUUACAUAAAUGUUUUUAUAAUUCCAGUGCAAAAUAUAUUAUAUUCAUUUUAUUUUAAUAUUUUAUAUAAAACUUAUAUUUACAUAGAUGUUUUUAUAAUUCCAGUGCAACUAUAUUCAUUUUUUUCUCAUAUUUUAUAUAAAAGUUAUAUUUACAUAAAAAAAUUUAUAUUUCCAGUGCAAAAUAUACUCUAUUCAUUUUAUAUUUUAUAUAAUAGUUAUAUUUACAUAAAUGUUUUUAUAAUUCUUGUGCAAAAUAUACUAUAUUCUUUAUUCUAAUAUUUUAUAUAAAAGUUAUAUUUACAUAAAAAUUUUUUUUAUAUAAUAGUU